GAAAAGAGGCCACCCCCCUUUGUUGCAGCUGAUCAGCCUGCUAAACGACUCUGAGAAGAAUUGAUUCACUCAACUCCUCAUGAACUUCAAGGUGCAGAAGGCCCCUCUGUUGGCCACUUGCCACAGUCAUCCAUGGAAUAUGAACAGUUUUCUCUAUCCAAAGUUGCUGCAUCUCAAAACAAACCCACUGAUCAAAGAAGUUUCACUCAGAGCCAGAACAGAUAUCCAUCCUCUGAGCAUUGUCAGAAUCCAUUCGCUGGAGGCAGUUCAACAUAUUGUGCAGGACCUGAACAUCAAAGAAGUCAUCCUCAAGGUUCUUCUAGCUAUAGCUCACCUGCUCCUGUAGCUGUGGAUCAUACUCAAGGGAGUCUUUCUGAAGCCUUUGUAAUUCAGAAUUAUCAUGGGAGCCAGAACUAUUCUCAGAGCCACAACAGGCAUCCAUCUUCUGAACACAGUCAGAAUCCAUAUGCUGGAGCCAGUUCAAUGUAUUAUGGAGGAUUUGAUAAUCAGGAAUGUCAUCCUCAGGGCCUGAACAGAUAUCCACCCUCCGAACAUUGUCAGAGUCCAUUUGCUGGAGCCAGUUCAACAUAUUGUGCAGGACCUGAACAUCAAAGAAGUCAUCCUCAAGGUGACGAGAUAGAUGUUGGUGUUGAAGCAGAACACCUAAAACUUGCUAAAUCCAAAAAUCCAGGAACAGAAUCUGUCUCAGAGACUAGAGAGAAAUUCUUUUAUUUGGUCGGGAAACACUAUUUACAGACUAUGAAACCACAGAGUAAGAAGGAGUAUGAUGAGUUUCUGGAUUACUUGCAAAAACUGGGGGCUAUCAUGACAGAUGUGCGAUAUGGAAGUUUGGUGAUAACAGUUAAGUGUGAAUCUCUCCAGAUCUUGGAGGACUUGUGGAAAGAUUAUUCAUCUGGUCAUCUUGAUGAAGUGGUUCAAAACUGUUUUGUGACUGAAAAGAUCUUGAAGGAGAUGAACCUGGCUGAGCUGAGGCUGAAAACAACAAUGGACAUAGAAAAGUACAAUGCAUGCAAAGUGUACUUUGAGAAAGUUGUACUUAGAGGUUAGUGCUGUACAAGACUAGAUCCGCUCAAUAAUAUUUCCAAACGCAUCUCUCUUUCAACUUGGAGUAGGUUUUGAAACUGUUACAAAAUGAAGAUAUUGGUAUAGUUUUCUAUUGAGACAGAACAUGUUUAUGUGCUGACUGUCCAAGUCCUGCUACAGGUGAUUUGUUUGCAAGAUGUUAUUGAACUUUCUUGAUUUCUUCGUUUGUUUGUCUGUCUGUCUGUGUUUAAAAAACCUUGUUAAUUUCCACCAACCUGCUCUUAACUGUUUCUUGAGAUAGUGCUUUAAUUUCUUCCUUUGGCGAUGUUUUAUCCUACACUGAAUUAAUUUAAAAUUAAUUUUAAAAGAAUGAACAAGCCAACAAAAUCAGUCAGGUAUAGUUUUGGUUGAUAAACUUAAUGAUGAAUGGUUGAGAACAAAUGGCGAUCAUCUAAACUUGAAUCUGACAAAGUGAAAUUCUUGUCUCAAUUGUGAUAUUGAAAAUCAACUGCUACAUCGAACGAAGGAGGCCUACUCUUCUACCUUUAUUGAAGAAAGCUCCCAUGACCCUACUUUACUUUUUAGAUCUGUUAACAAGAUGCUUACAAAAAUCCCAAUAAGAGUUAUCCGGCUGCUGAAAACAAUGUCGAACUUACAAAUGCUUUUGCUGACUUCUUUCAAUCUAAAGUUGACGGCAUCCGGCAUAAGAUUGCUGACGGGAGGCGUGUAAACAACCAAUAAUUUGAGCCCUGUUCUGCUGAGUAAUCAUGUUGUUCAUCAGCAUUUUCAUCAUUUGUUCCUCUUACUGAUGUUGAAGUCAUUGAUCUCAUUAAAAAUAAUACAAUUAAGUCAUGCUCACUCGAUGCUCUACCUGCUACUGUUGUGCGGAAGUGUUACUUGAAAUUGGUGCCUGCUCUGAAAAAUAUAUAACAGGACUAUAUAACAAGGCAAAGAAAACAGGGUCUGAUCAACACUGGAAUAAAUUUUGGCAGCCAGGAAAUGCGUGCAUAGAAAUCUUAAGUCUUCUGCUAGGGAAGAGUAUAUCAGUAACCACCUUGGUGAGGCAAUUAGAGAAAACCCAAAACGUUUUUGGUCCUACGUAAAGCGACUUUACCAUGAUAAUCCGGGGGUUGCAUAUUUUGAAGUGGACGGCAAAGUCGUAAGUGAUAGUGGUCUUAAAUCAGAAAUUAAUUUUUAAACAGGCAAUUUUGGAGUGUGUUUACUAAAGAAGACCCUGAGAGCAUUCCAGAAAUGAGAUCUGAUCCCACACCUGGCUUGGGCCCUUUGAUUAUCUCAGGAAGGGAGUCUUAAAACUUGUGUCCUCACUAAACCCUAACAAAGCCUGUGGCCCUGACCAGAUUCCACCCUGGUUUCUCAAAACUUUUGCUGCAGACAUUACUCCAAUUUUGACUGACAUCUUUCAAGACUCGGUAGACAGUGGUACUGUUCCCCACAGGUGGAGAGAGGCAAAUGCGUGCGUAGUUUUUAAAAAGGGAAAGAAAUCUGCUCCAGCCAAUUAUAGGCCGUUAUCCCUUACUUGUGUUGCGUUGAAGAUCCCUGAGCAUAUCAUCCACUGCUUCAUUGUGAAACAUUUAAACGAUCAUAACAUCUUAACUGACUGUCAGCAUGGUUUUGAGAGCAAAGAGAUCUACAGAGAUGCAGCUAAUUCUCACCUUACAUGACAUGGCAAAGGCUAUUCAGAGCUCAUCGAUUCACGCGGUUGUCCUGGACUUCGCUAAGGCUUUUGACAAGGUUCCUCCUAGGCGUCUCCUAAGGAAACUGCAAUACUAUGGAAUCCAGGGCCGGCUUCUAACCUGGCUGGAGUGAUUUCUUACACAACGUUUCCAGUCAGUUGUCUGCGAAGGCCAAACAUCACAUCAAAGCCCAGUGACUUCUGGCAUACCCCAAGGUACAGUCCUUGGCCCGCUACUCUUUUUAUUAUAUCUAAACGACUUACCAGACAACGUGCAAUUAACAGUUAGGCUCUUUGCGGACGAUGCUUUACUCUAUGGCAUUAUCGCCAGCAAUGCAGACUGUGACCUCCUUCAAUCUGACCUACUCAGACUAGAAUACUGGCAACACUAUUGGCAAAUGGAGUUUAAUCCUUCCAAAUGUAAAAUUGUUACCAUCUCACAUAAGAUCAACCCAGCCCAGAGAAAAUACGUCUUCUGUGGUGUCGAACUGGAACAGGUGGAUAGCUUCCCAUAUCUUGGGGUUACUAUUAGUAACAAGCUUAAGUUGUCAGAUCACGUUUCCAUAAUAACAGCUAAAGCAAACAAGUCGCUGGGUUCAAUUUAAUGUAACUUUUGGAAUUGCCCAAAGAAUGUGAAGGAAAUUGCAUAUACAUCCCUAGUAUGGUCGAAGCUGAAAUACGCGAGUGCGGCUUGGAUCCGUUUUUAAAGAAAGAUGUCAGUGCCCUGGAAAGAGUUCAACGUAACGCAGCACAGUUUUGCUCGCAGAAUUGUCAUAGGUAUGCUAGUGUUACUGGCAUGAUCGAAGAUUUAGGAUGGACCAUGUUGGAAAUGAGAAGAAGGUAGUCUUCGUUAAUACUUAUGUAUAAGAUAACUCGCAGUCUUAUUGACACAGACAAUCGAGAAUAUUUAGUACUGCACUCUGAGAGUCGCACGAGGGGAAGCCAUCAAUUUAAUUUUCGAGUGCCAUAUUCAAGUAAAGACGUUUUCAAAUUUUCCUUUUUUUGCAAGAACUAUAACAGACUGGAACUGCCUCCCUGAGACCAUUGUUUCGUCAACUUUCAUAGAAACUUUUAAACAUAGGUUAUCAGCCUUUUUAAAUGAUAGUUGUACAUAGCUUAUAUAGUUUUUCGUAAUUUAAUUUUUAUUUUCAACAUCAACAGAAUUGUUUUUUAUUCAUUUCCUUAUUACCUUUAUCCAGUUAUUUGCUUUAUUUUUACGGUUGGUGUGAUAUGUUGAUGAUUUUACCGACCUAAUAACAUGUAAAUGUAAAUGUAAAUAUCAUUAACGUAUCACUUUCUACUGGUGAGAUGCCAAGGGAUCUCAAGACUGCUAUGGUGAAACCUUUGUUAAAGAAAUCUAAUUCUGGCUCUGGGGAUUUCGUGAAUUUUCGUGCUGUGUCCAAUCUGAAGUUUGUUUUUUAAGCUAAUUGAAAAAUCUGUGUUUUUACAACUUAACACAUAUCUUACUACCAAUGCGCUACACAAACCUCUGCAGUCUGCAUAUAAGACUGCAUAGCACUGAAACUACAGUUUUGAAAGUACACAGUGACAUCAUGUUAUCUCUUGAUAAAGGCAAGAUAGUGAUCCUGAUUCUCCUGGACCUGUCUGCUAUGUUUGACACUGUAAACCACACCUUUUUGUUGGCGGGACUUGAUAAACAUUUCGGUAUUAACGGCACUGUUCUGAAUUGGUUCAGUUCAUACCUCUGGGAACGCACUCAUUUUGUUGACAUUGAUCAAUCUCAGUCCUCUGUGCGGGAUCUUUUUUAGUUGGUGUUCCUCAAGGUUCUGUACUCAGACCUGUACUCUAUCUAUUAUACACAUCUCCUAUCUCAGAAAUAAUCAAGAAAUACAAUCUUAAUUACCACCUCUAUGCUGAUGAC